GUUGAUGAAUUGGAAUACAAAAUUAUUACGAGAAUGCAAAAGCACAAGAAGAGAUAUUAGUGUGUCACCUCCAGUUUCCAAGUCUACUGAGUAGAUGGAAUGCAAAUACAAGCUUUUAUUUGUUAUUUUAUGGUGUAGUCGGGUACAAGAAUCUGUAUUUAGGCACAACAACUUCAACACUAGAACACUAUGAAGUACAAAAACACCCUCAACACAAGAUCAAAGUGAUCUUCCUCCCAGGAUAAAAUGACUUUCAAUCCAACUAUAGUGGUACCUCAAAUAAUUGAAUUCGUCGAACUCACUCAACGAUUUGACUGAUCACAAAGAAUGUUUUGAAGACAAGAAAAUUUUUUAUUUCAGAAAAUUUUUCAUUCAUAAACCUGUGGAUAAAUGCAGGUUUAUAUAGCCAUCAAGUGCCCCUUCCCAAAGGUGGCAAUGGUUCAUCUGAAAAGGUGUAUCCUUUGGAAGAGUCAUAUCUGUUCAUUCGAAACAUUGUGUCUUUUUCUGAACAGACAUAACUAUCUGAAUAGUCACUCAUUUUCCAAAACAAUAUGUCUUUUCCUCAAAGGUUGUGUCCCUCCAUUUUUCAUUCACACCUUUUUCAUACAUAUUGAACCCAACAUUAUUUUCAUAGUUUCCGAUGUUUCAACUUAGAUUUUUACUACUACCUAUUAUUGUAUUAUCUUGUUUUUGUUUUUCUGAUUGUUGCUACUGCCUUAUUUUACAUUUUUUCGUUGAGCUUAAUCUAUUGGAAACAGCCUCUCUACGUUCAAGGUAGGGUAAGGUCUGCGUACACACAAUCCUCCCCAAACCCAACCAUAGGAUUACACUGGAUUUCUUCUUGUUAGUAUCUGAUAUUUCAUGAAGUGUUUGUUAGCCUAUGAAUAACGUCACGAGUUUUCUUCCUUUGUGACCCAACCAAAUUUUGUUUUCAUUUGUUAAUAUGUAGAAAUAAAUUCAGCAUAUUCGACUGAUAAACAGAAAUUUGAAUCCUCAGAUCAUUCAAUCAAUUUCCUAACAAAACAUGCAGAACAUGACAUAUUAAAUUAAAAUUAUUAAUAACAUGUCAACUGAAAGUAGAAAUUUUCUUCUUCUUUUCUAUUUGGCUGUUAAGAGAACCAAAACAAAGACCUUUUUUAUCAGACAAAAUGCAAGUGGAGGGACCUUUGUGUUGUUGCUUGUAGUCAAGGUCUGUACCCUAAGUGGAGGGACUAAUCAAACUAUCUUUGAUUUUUGGGCAACGACUCAUGCAUUGACUUGAGAUUUUUUUUUUCCCAUUACAGCAAACUUUCUAUUACAAUCACGGAGUAAAUAUCUACAAAGUUAAGAUCUGAAAGUGACUACCAUCUAGGAAUUGAUUACUCCGAAGUAACUCAAGGUGUUUCCUUUUUCCAAUUCAUGACUUGAAUGUCUUCGUCAGAGUCUUUCUCUCCCCUCUAAAAAUCAAAAUUGAUUAGUCCAAAUGGUCACGCAACUAAGGACUUUUAUUCAGAAAGUCACUUAACUUUAUUUUUUUACUUCAAAGUCACUCAAGCAAUUAAAUUAUCUUUUUCAUUAAAAUUUGUUUUUAUGAAUUUUUCAUUUAAACAAAAGUUGUAAAUCUAAAAAAAAAAAAAAAUUGCACAAAGCAUAAGACUUUUCAAGAAUUCAAGAUCUACACCAAUUGUCACUCUGAUAGACUUUCUUUCUCCUUUAAGAAACGAACAGUCUAGUAGGGUCCAAAGAAAGUCCCCACUCCAAGUUCUAAACACGUUCUUGGAAAAUUGAUUCCAUCAAACUCGAGGUGUUUUUUUUUUCCAAUUCUUUACUUGAAAUGUCUUCGUCAAAGUAUUUACACCAAUUAUCACUCUUAUAAACUUUUCUUCCUUCUUAAUGCAUCUUGCGUUAGUAGGGUCCGGAGAAAGUCCCCACCCCAUAAAGUGUGAUGUAGUCAGUUUAAUAUAAUGCAAGCAUUAACAACUACUUUCAUGGCUCGAUCGUUUCCAACGCUUCACUUUUCUUUUUCUUAUAAGAAUUUAUAUUGAUCAAUUAACUGUUUCCUUGUGUUAGAGAUCAUAUUCAAAGUGAAUUUUUCUGCAUUAUUUAGGAUAUUUAUAUCUCGUAGUACUAUUUGAUAAAUUAGCUUAAUAGUGCAUAACAAUUUGGUCCGGACUACUUGCAGAAACUUGGGAUUGUGAUGUCUUCAACUGUGAAAGUAUCAAACAAAAUUGUAUUAUUACAAGUGAUAGGAUCUUUCUAUUGUAGCUUUCGUUUGGACCUUUCUACUAUAUAUACCUAAUCAAAAUUACUGAAUAGACACACAAAGCAUACAUUUCUUGAUUUCUUCUCUACCAACUUAAUUAGUUUUGAUCAUUUUAGUACAGCAAUGGAUUGUGUAAAACUUGUACUAUUUUGUAUGCUAUAUCCCUUUCUCUGUCAACUUGUUUUCUCGUCAUCCUUGCCUCAUUUGUGCCCCAAAGAUCAAGCUCAUGCUCUUCUGCAAUUCAGGCAAAUUUUUACCAUUAAUACUUCUUAUUACUGUGGCCCUCCUAAUCCGAGAACUCUUUCAUGGAACAAGAGCACAGAUUGUUGCUCGUGGGAUAGAGUUCAGUGUGACGAGACAACGGGACAAGUAAUUGAGCUUGACCUUGCUUGCAGCGGACUUCAAGGCAAAUUUCAUUCCAACAGUAGCCUGUUUCAGCUCUCCAGUCUCAAA